AUGCCGGCGCUUCAUCUUGCCCUCUAUGCCCUCUGGGGCAGUGCGCUGGUCUUCGCCAUCGUUGAACUGGGUCUCACGGCCUAUGUCACCACUUUCUGGGGUUCCCGCCAAACCGUCACCUGGAAUCCGGCCAGAAGUUAUCUGUAUCCAAAGAUUCGCUCUAGCACCCCGGCCAUUCUCAUCUUUAUACUUUUCGCUGCAUGCUGGACCAUCCUGGCCAUGAUCGCCUGCCUGGUGCUGCCAUGGCUCUCUACGCGGAAGGGUGUCGUGAGCUCAAAGCUGAACAAAACACUCGCGGCCAUUUUCGUAGCCAUCUACCUUGUCACAAUUGUGUUUUGGUUGGCCGCCUUCGCCGACAUCGCAAAUAUGCUCAACGGCAAUAUCAACUCGUUUGAUUACUUGGAUGCCAUCAUUGCGUUCGCCGUGCUCCUUUGGCUGGUCUUCUUCACGCUGUUGGUUUUGACCAUUCUGGCAUUAUGUGGUGUGCUGGCGUCGGAUUUGGCGGGGUAUCAGUCGUUCAAAAAGCCUCAAGCUACCGAUGUGCCGCAUGAGAGUGCCAGUGCACCUGCUCGUGAUGUGCCUAUGAGUACGACUCCGGUGGCUCCAUCGGAGCUGUCGACUCAUGAUGCUGAGGCUUUGCAUAAUCAGCCACACAGCCAGGCACAUAGCACUUCCUCGCCCUCGGCCAUUGCCAGUGCCGAGCUCAGUGGCGAGAGCGUCCAGCACUACCAUGCUCAUGAGCGGCCUGUCGGCCAGUCAUGGUCAUAA